AAACUGUAUAUUUCCAAGGAAACCUACCUCUCCUUCCACUUCCCUUCCUCCUUCCUCUCGGAAUUCUAUCUAAAACCCUAGAAAAUACAUUCCUACAUAAACAUUUUCAGAAAUAGUAAACUAUGAAAUUCGCAUUCGGGCAUUCUCUCACAACCUCAAUAUCCACCCUCCGUUUCCCAUACCUCCACCAUUCUUUCACAAAUUCUCCUUGGUUUUCUUGCAAAAGAAAAACUUUUAUGUCUCAGUUCUCUUCAAAUUCCACCUCUUUAUCUUCUUCCUCAGUCAGAAACUUCUCUUCAACUGCCAGCGACGACUCUAUGGCUUUACCUAAGACACCAAAGCAACAGCAGCAGCACCCCUGGCUCAUUGUUGGGCUCGGUAAUCCAGGAAAGAAAUACAGCGGCACUCGCCACAAUGUAGGCUUUGGGAUGUUAGAUGCAUUAGCUGAUGCUGAAGGGAUAUCUAUGAGCUCUGUUAACUUUAGAGCCCUUUUCGGAAAAGGUUUUAUUGGAAAUGUUCCUGUGAUGCUUGCCAAACCACAAACGUUUAUGAAUGCAAGUGGUGAGUCUGUUGGAGCCAUUGUCUCAUAUUAUAAGAUUCCAUUGAAGCAAGUACUUGUGAUAUUUGACGACUUGGAUUUGCCUUUUGGCAAAUUGCGUCUAUUGCCAAAAGGUGGACAUGGAGGACAGAAUGGGAUGAGGAAUAUUAUUGAUCACUUCAAAGGGAACCGUGAUUUUCCACGUUUAAGAAUCGGGAUUGGACGGCCGCCUGGAAAAAUGGAUGCUGUCAAUUAUGUUCUUCGGCCAUUCAAUAAACAAGAACGUGAAGAGUUGGAUUUUACAUUUCAUCGUGGUGUAGAAGCAAUCCGCAUUCUUGUGCUUGAAGGGUUUGAUAAAAGCGCAACGUUUGUCAACAGUGCCAAAUCCAUAGAACUGACAUAGUUAAAUUACUUCUUAAGUUAUGAUGAUUUUGAUGACUGCAAGAGGACCAAUUUGCAGAGGAAGAUUGUGCAUUACAUUCAUUGAUUCUGAAAAGCCUUUCGAUAUUUGAAAGUCGUAAUUAGUGUUCUGUACAUUCAUUCUUUGAUAAAGAAGUAAUAGCAACUAGCAACGGUAAUGAGGCAUUGCAAAAA